AUGGCGUGCCCCUUCCUUGAAGAGCCAGUAGAUGUUGAAGCCCAAAUUCUCCGCAGAGCUCUCCGCCGGGAGAGAGUGAUUAGAGCGCGUUUGGACAUUUUAUCAUUUCCUGAUGAUUUCCUGUGUGAACGUUACCGUUUUUCAGCACAAUCUAUAAUUUAUUUGAAGAACAUCCUCAGGCCUAAUAUUGCUCAUGUGACACAUCGCGGACAUCCUCUCAGUUCUGUACAUAUUAUUUGUAUUGCACUUCGGUUUUUUGCAAACGGGAGCUUUCUGUAUAAUAUUGGUGAUGCUGAGCACGUUUCCAAGGCUACCGUCUGUCGGGCAGUCAGGAAUGUUACAGUUGCACUGAAACGUCUCCUGUACUCGUUUGUGUUCCCCGGUCAUAGACCCACAAGAUUUAUCAAAGAGGGAUGCCACAAAAUUGCAGGGUUCCCAGGCGUGAUUGGCUGUAUAGAUGGCACUCACAUUCCAAUCAUUGCUCCUUCAGUAAAUGAAGGAGACUAUGUGAACAGGAAGUCUUUCCACAGCAUUAAUGUACAGAUCAUAUGUGAUGCUGCCAACAUUAUCACAAAUGUGGAAGCCAAGUGGCCAGGC